AUGGCUUCUUCUGAUACUCAAUGCGGGCACCUGGUUUCGCCAGGCCUGCUGAACUUUGUUCUGUCCAUCUUGAUCGUGCUCGGAAUCCUCGUUUCCUAUCUGCCGCAGUUAGUCCGAAUCGCCGCUCUAAGGAGCUCCUUUGGGAUUUCGCCUUAUUUUGUGUUGUUGGGAACAACGUCGGGCACAUUCGCUUUGGCAAACAUGGUGUCGCAGCGGCAGACGCUGCAAGACGUCUCAUGCUGCAAGGAUGUCAGUGGGUUAUCGUGCUUUGCAGGAUUACUAGGGAUUCUGCAGGUUGCAACACAGCUGCUUAGCUUUUUCGCGAUACUCACUCUCUUUGUUGUGUUCUUUCCCAAAAAUCCGUUGGCUCCCCUUUCAGUACCGCGGAAAGAAGGACCUACUUAUCGGACCGCACUGGUUGUGGCCUUUAUAUGCAUAGUCCAUGCAGUGGUUAUGUUGAUUGUUACCCUUGCGGUUGGCUUCGAAAAGCCCUCGGCGCUUCAAUCUUGGUCGAAUUUCUGCGGAAUUACUGCCGCUAUCCUCGCCUCUAUACAAUAUUUCCCUCAGAUAUACACCACCCUCAGACUCCGCUGUGUAGGCAGCCUGAGCAUACCAAUGAUGUGCAUUCAAACGCCUGGUGCGCUUGUUUGGGCAGGCAGUCUGGCCGCACGGCUGGGCAGCAAGGGCUGGAGCACGUGGGGUAUUCUAAUCGUCACGGCGUGCUUACAGGGCACACUCCUUGUCCUAUGUGUGUUCUUCGAGUAUCUUGGCCCCAAUAAAGGCCAUAGCCACGACUAUAACAAGGACACCGCACCAAGCCAGCCUGGUGAAAACAGUGAUGCCCAAGAUGAGGACGGCCCAUAUGAAGAAACGCCACUUCUCCGAGACAGCCGUUGA